AUGCUGGAUGCCAGAUCGAGAAGGGUCCCGGGAUGGCUGAGGUUUUUGGCCGGCCUAUGUCUGCUUCUCUGCCUGGUGGGGGAGACAGGGGCCAAGAGGGUCCCCAAAAUCCCCCGCUGUCCUGUCACCUGCUCCUGCACCAAAGACAGUGCCUUCUGUGUGGAUACCAAGGCUAUCCCCAAGAGCUUUCCCCCUGGGAUCAUCUCCCUGUGAGUACAACAUUGAUCACUCUGUGUGUCUGUUCCUGUAUACUCUCUCUGCUUGUUGGUCUAUUCCUUGCAUUUCAUUCCAAAAUGAUAAAACCAGCUGUUGAUAAUGUACAUAAAUACUUACUAGAUGGAUGAUCUGUGAUGUCAUGCAUGGUUUUUACAGAUGACAUAAUCUCUCAUGGACUAGCCUGUUGACAUGACAUUAGGCAAACAUUAGGCUACACUUUUAUACAAGAUCAUUUGGGGGUUUACAAUAUAUUCUACUGUGUCUGGUUUCCAAAAGCUUAUACUUAUACUCUAUAAAACAUUGAUAAUUUGUUUUGUACCCUUUUCAGUUAUACCACGGUUAACUUUUCAAAACAACAGUGUACCGUGUCUCUGAAAAUGCCAUUAUCAAGAGAGCAAGAUAGUGUUUGUGCUCCUCAAGAACGUGUGUCUGAUUUUAAAGAGACCUUACGAGAAAGAAAGGAGCAGGUUCACCAUGGCCUGUGUGUUGUGAUGGACAGGGAUAGAUGGACAGGGAUAGAUCAGCUAUGACAUGCUAAUGAAAGAUGACAAGUGGGCACUUUGUGUCCCUGUGCCUCAGUCUCUCCUCAUUCUUGGACAGAAGUCAGGGGGAGCUGGCAGAAAUGAGACGUAGAGCAAUGGGACAUGCCUUAGCCCUCCUGGGAGAGACACUUACGAUAGAUUCACAUCUCACAGCAAAAGACAUGCAUGUCCUCCAAGGGAUAGUAACCUUACAAAGGUUAGAUAAACAGUGCGCACUCUCAGUAAAUGGAACGACAAUAAUGUAAUAGAUAGAUACUGUAGCAUAGGACUCAGUAUGGUGACAUUUUAGUUAUAAGAGAAUAUUGUUUACUUUGAUUUUGGUCGAUAUUGACUGAAUUUAUUAUCUUUCUGUAAUUGAACAUCAUGUUCUUGUAUUUAAAGAGCUUGGAGAAUUGAAGAGCACAAGCACUACAAGGUGGAGGUAGCUUUGUUUUAAAGUGAUGAAUACAUGAACCUGUGAAUAAAGAAACUGUGUCCUAGUUUCAAAAGAUUUUGCCUUCCUUGAAGUUCAAAUAGUAAGACAGAUUGAGCCACAUGAGCUCUUGGUAAAACAUGCCAUGCUGCAUGUUUAGUUCUGUCAAUAGAUUGACUGUGCCUGGGGACUUGGGAGGACAUUCCCAUGCAGUCUCUGUCCACUCAUAUUGAUUAGGUGGGAUGCAGUACCAACAUCCAUCAGGCCCUAACAAUUCUUAUUUCUCCCUUUCAAAUGUACAAAAACUAAAUGUCUGUGACCAGAAAAAAUUUUUUCACCAAAAGCUAUGCUUAGAAACAUGUUAUUCUCAUGAAUAUAUCAGACUUCACGAAAACGUAUGUGGCUGACUGGCAACAUACACUUUUAGCAUAGAACAACAAGCCCUUCUGCACAAUGGGGGUUGGAUUUUAUAUGAUAAGCAUGAUGACAUUGACUCAAUGUUAGUUGAUAGAGCCUGAAUGAUGAUAAGUUGAUUGUCUGUACUUCUCAGGACAAUGGUGAAUGCAGCCUUCACUACGAUCCCAGAGGGAGCCUUCUCCCACCUGCACCUGCUGCAGUUCCUGUAAGUAUUCAUGCAUGUCCCAUCAUCCUAUCCUCUCCCUUCCUGUCUGAUGUAGCGGAAUUAGAGCAAACAGUCUCAACUUAACUUCUGUGGCUUGGGUCAAUGAAAAUGCUAAACAUGUUCUCUCCAAAACACCAUCUUCUAUACAACAACAAACAUUCAGCUAAACCAAUCUCGCCUGUUGUCUAAGGCACUAGCUGUGCCACUAGAGAUCCUGGUUCGUAUCCAGGCUCUGUUGUUGCCGGCCGCGACCGGGAGACCCAUGGGGCGGCGCACAAUUGGCCCAGCGUCGUCCAGGGUAGGGGAGGGAAUGGCCGGCAGGGAUGUAGCUCAGUUGGUAGAGCAUGGCGUUUGCAACGCCAGGGUUGUGGGUUCGAUUCCCACGGGGGGUCAGUAUGAAAAAUAAUGUAUGCACUCACUAACUGUAAGUCGCUCUGGAUAGGAGCGUCUGCUAAAUGACUAAAAUGUAAAUGUACUGUAAAUGGAGGUCUAAACAUAUACAGUGCCUUCAGAAAGUAUUCAUACUCCUUGACUUACUCCACCUUUUGUUGUGUUACAGCCUGUAUUCAAAAUCGAUUAAACAAAAAAAAUUUUUCUCACCCAUCGACCCACAAUAUCACACAAUGACAAAGUGAAAACACUUUUAUAGAAAUGUUAGCAUAUUUAUUGGAAAUUAUAUAGAGAAAUAUCUUGUAGAAUACUUUGAGAAGCACAUUCUGUGGCGAUUACAGCUGUGAGUCUUUUUGGUAAGUCUCUUAGAGCUUUGCACACCUUUGUAAAAUGUAUAUUUUUUAUUGUUCAAGCUCUGUCAAGUUGAUUGUUAAUCAUUGCUAGAAAGCCAUUUUCAAGUCUUGCCAUAGAUUUUCAAGCCAAUUUAAGUCAAAACUGUAACUAGUCCACUCAGGAACAUUCAAUGUCGUCGUGGUAAGCAACUCAUUUUACAUUUACAUUUUAGUCAUUUAGCAGACGCUCUUAUCCAGAGCGACUUAGUUAGUGAGUGCAUACAUAAUUUUUUUUUCAUACUGGCCCCCCGUGGGAAUCGAACCCACAACCCUGGCGUUGCAAACACCAUGCUCUACCAACUGAGCUACAUCCCUGCCGGCCAUUCCCUCCCCUACCCUGGACCAAUUGUGCGCCGCCCCAUGGGUCUCCCGGUCGCGGCCAGCUACGACAGAGCCUGGAUUCGAACCAGGAUCUCUAGUGGCACAGCUAGCACUGUGAUGCAGUGCCUUAGACCAUUGCGCCACUCGGGAGACCAACUCCAGUGUAGAUUUGUCCUUGUGUUUUAGGUUAUUGUCCUGCUGAAAGGGGAAUUAAUCUCCCAGUGUCUGUUGGAAAGCAGACUGAAGCAGGUUUUUCUCUAGAAUUUUGCCUGUGCUUAUAGCUGUAUUCCAUUUAUUUUAAUCCCCAAAAAACUCCUUAAUCCUUGCCGAUGACAAGCAUACCCAAAACAUGAUGCAACCACCACCAUGCUUGAAAAUAUGAAGAGUGGUACUCAGUGAUGUGUUGUGUUGGAUUUACCCCAAACAUAACACUUUGUAUUCAGGACAAAAAGUGUAUUUCUUUCCAACAUGUUUUGCAGUAUUACUUAAGUGCCUUGUUGCUAACAGGAUGCAUGUUUUGGAAUAUUUUUAUUCAAUGUUGUUGAUCUCAUAUCACAACCAUUAAACUCACAAUUGGCCUCAUGGUUUUAAAAUCACAAUUGGCCUUAUGGUGAAAUCCCUGAGCAGUUUCCUUCCUCUCUGGAAACUGAUUUAAGAAUGACGCUUUUAUCAGUGGAGGCUGCUGAGGGGAGGACGGCUCAUAUUAAUGGCUGGAAUGGAGCGAAUGGAAUGGUAUCAAACACAUGGAAACCACGUGUUUGAUGUUUUUGAUACCAUUCCACCUAUCCCUCUCCAGCCAUUACCAGGAGCCCGUCCUCCCCAAUUAAGGUGCCACCAACCUCCUGUGGCCUGUAUCUUUGUAGUGACUGGGUGUCCAUCCAAAGCAGAAUUAAUAACUUCACCGUGCCCAAAGGGAUGUUCAGUGUCUGCUUUUUUACCAAUCAGUACCCUUCUUUGCGAGGCAUUGAAAAACCUCCCUGGUCUUUGUGGUUGAAUCUGUGCUUGAAAUGUACUACUCGAUUGAGGGACCUUACAGAUAAUUGUAUGUGUGGGGUACAGAGAUGGGUAGUCAUUCAAAAAUCAUGUUAACCACUAUUAUUGAACACGGAAUGAGUCCAUGCAACUUAUUAUGUAAUUUGUUAAACACAUUUUUACUCCUGAACUUAUUUAGGCUUGCUAUAACAAAGGGGUUGAAUACUUAUCGACUCAAGACAUUUCAGCUUUGCAUUGUUUAUUAAUUGUAAAAAAUUAAUCCGCAAACUAAAUUCCACUUUGAAAUUAUGGGUUAUUGUGUGUAGAUCAGUAAAUAUUUUUUUUAUUCAGGCUGUAACACUAAAUAUGGGGUGUGAAUACUUUCUGAAGGCACUGUAAUUAGAUAAUAAAUACAAGUUGUGAAGUAACAUUUUGUUAGACAAUACAAUCACUAUAAAUCUCUCUUGAAAUAAACUGUUAUUGAAAACAGUGGUGACAUGGCAGUAGUGAGAGUAAAGUGGCUCUGUAUCAGUGUCAUCGCCAAUGACUGACUCCCUUCAGUUCUUUUCUAUUUAAACAAUGGCUUAUCUGUCUAUGCAGAUUCAAUGGAGUGUGUGUGUUUUAAGAUUUUGUGGUUUCAGUUUACAUUUGUCACGAUCGUCGUAGGGAAUAGACCAAGGCGCAGCGUGAUGAACGAACAUGUUUAAACUUUAUUAUCUUUAGUGAUAAUAGACAACAAUAAACAAAACAAGAAACGACUCGUGAAGUCCACGGUAACAAUGACCAACACGGAACAAGAACCCACAACACCAAAGGGAAAACAGACAGUUUAAAUAUGGCUCCCAAUCAGAGACAACCAACGACAGCUGACACUCGUUGCCUCUGAUUGGGAGUCACUCUGGCCAACAUAGAAAUAAACACAACAGAAAGAACACACCCUGGCUCAACAUAUAGAGUCCCAGAGCCAGGGUGUGACAGUACCCCCCCCUAAAGGCGCGGACUGCGACCGCGCCUCAACUUGAACAAAACAGGGGAGGGCUGGGUGGGCAUUCCUCCUCGGCGGCGGUUCUGGCUCCGGCCUUGCCCACCACCCUCCAAUAAACCCCCCAUAGCGCCCCUGGUCCAGUCUGGCCCCGCUGGCUGGAGCUGAACUGGACGCAGCAGGAGCGGUUAGCUUCAGCUCCGUAGUGGAGCAGUUGACCGGUACCUUACCAGGCACCGGUGACCCAGGCACGGGUUGUGCUGGACUGACGACGCGCACCCCUGGCUUGGUGCGUGGAGGAGGAACGGGCCUUACCAGGCUGACGACUCGCACCCCUGGCUUAGUGCGAGUAGCAGGAACAGGCCGGGCCGGGCUGGCGACGCGCACCCCUGGCUUGGUGCGUGGAGCAGGAACGGGCCGGACCGGGCUGACGAUGCGCACCACUGGCUUGGUGCGUGGAGUAGGAACAGGCCGGACCGGGCUGCCGAUUCGCACCCCUGGCUUGGUGCGUGGAGUAGGGACAGGCCGGACCGGGCUGGCGACGCACACCGUAGGCUUGGUGCGUGGAGCAGGGACAGGCCGGACUGGGCUGGCGACGCACACCGUAGGCUUGGUGCGUGGAGCAGGGACAGGCCGGACCGGGCUGGCGACGCACACCGUAGGCUUGGUGCGAGGAGCAGGGACAGGCCGGACCGGGCUGGCGACGCACACCGUAGGCUUGGUGCGUGGAGCAGGGACAGGCCGGACCGGGCUGGCGACGCACACCGUAGGCUUGGUGCGAGGAGCAGGGACAGGCCGGACCGGGCUGGCGACGCACACCGUAGGCUUGGUGCGUGGAGCAGGGACAGGCCGGACCGGGCUGGCGACGCACACCGUAGGCUUGGUGCGUGGAGCAGGGACAGGCCGAACCGGGCUGUGGAGACGGAUAGGAGACCUGGAGUGAAGAGCGGCCACAACCCGUCCUGGCUGAAUGCCUACCCUCACACACUCUGUGUGAGGCAUCCGCACAGGACGUACAGGGCUGUGUACCCGUACUGGCAUAACAGCACGUGACACUGGAGCAGGAUAUCCGGGACCGCGGAGAGGCAUUGGAGACCACGAGCGUUGAGCCGGCACACUCCGUCCUGGCUGCAUACCCCCCUUCGCACGACACGUGCGGGGUGCUCGCACAGGACGUACAGGACUAUGCCGGACCACUCGUGGCACAGUACGCCGCUCCGCAUACCGCGGAACCUGCCCCGUCCCAUGCUGCCAUGCCUGAGUACGGGAAGUUGGUUCCGCUCUCCAUCCAGGCUCCGCCAACCUGCCUUCUGGCCCCCCUAACCCGGUGGCCUCCUCUCCAAAUCGCCCUGUGGCAGCCUCCUGCUGCCCAGCCGCCCAUGCCGUGUGCCCCCCCCUACAUUUUUUUGGGGGUUGCCUCUCGUCCGUCCGACGAUGACACUGCUGACGCCGCUGCUCCUCUCUCGCCAGGGCCUUAAUCCUAGCUCAAGGUCCCUUGCCCCCGAGCAUGUCCUCCCAGGACCACGAUUUGCCCACCUGGGCCAUCGCCAACCUCUCCAUCUCCUUUCCCGGCGCUUCCUCCCAUGUCCAGUCUGCCUGCUCCUGGACACGCUGCUUGGUCCUUUUAUGGUGGGUUCUUCUGUCACGAUCGUCGUAGGGAAUAGACCAAGGCGCAGCGUGAUGAACGAACAUGUUUAAACUUUAUUAUCUUUAGUGAUAAUAGACAACAAUAAACAAAACAAGAAACGACUCGUGAAGUCCACGGUAACAAUGACCAACACGGAACAAGAACCCACAACACCAAAGGGAAAACAGACAGUUUAAAUAUGGCUCCCAAUCAGAGACAACCAACGACAGCUGACACUCGUUGCCUCUGAUUGGGAGUCACUCUGGCCAACAUAGAAAUAAACACAACAGAAAGAACACACCCUGGCUCAACAUAUAGAGUCCCAGAGCCAGGGUGUGACAACAUUAAAGCUGACCCAUACUAUGUAUAUUGAAUACUUGAUUGGUGCCUUGAAAUUGAAUAGCUCUUCCUAUGUCCACUCCACACUAAUUCAAGUGAUUUAUUUGUUACUGGAGUAUAUGCUUUGUAUGCUACUUGUGUCCAUUUGCAAUCAAGUGUAAAUAAAUACAUAUUUACAGUACCGGUAUUGAUUAACAUGUCUUCUAACCUCACCAGCAGUAUUUUUCUGGACAUUGUGGAAAGUCAAACGUUUUAAAUGGAAAGUGAAACAGAUUUCAUUCCAGUGUAUUAUAAACAACUCUCUUUCUCUCCCUUUCUGCAGUCUUCUGAACUCCAAUACCUUCACUGUGGUGGCUGAUGAUGCCUUUGCAGGUCUGUCACACCUGCAGUACCUGUAAGUGUCCCACUUUGUGCCCUUGUUCAACCACAGAUAUAUGCUCAACAAACAUUCUAUCCAAAGGAUGAGGUAGUGAGUGGUACAUUGAAAGAUGCCUAUGGUGUCCAGUCCUCAGCUAGACAAGGAUCGCUUAAGUAACAUUGAAUAUUGAUCCUCCUCCUACUAUAGAGACUAGUCUUCCUGCCUUUGUGGGGCCUGAUAAAGCUUAGCAUGCCAUUUUGUUAAUUGACGGGAAGUUGGCCAUCAGGAAAUAUUAAGUUGCUGAUGCCAUCACAUUUGCUGCUUUCCAUGUAAGCAAUGCAUUAGGCUCCAUAAAGUGAUUGUAUGGCUCUGGCUGCAGCCCAGCCCCAAGGCUCUGCAUCACCCAGCCAGCUCUACCUGAGGUGGCUCCUCACUGUGAAUGCUAAUGAACUCAUAUCUUCAUAUCCAAUGCUGCUCCAAAUGGGAGACAGACUGCAGGCUGGCUGAGCUCACACUGUGUAAGCCCUGGGAUGCCUCACAUAUCCAGAAUGAAGACAGAGAAUGCACCUGUAGUCAAUUGUCACUUGUAGUCAUCUUUGACCAUCAUCUAAAAUGAUAGAUUCAUCAUCCUAAAAUAAGGAGAUGUUUAUAGCACAGAAAUAGCCCCUCUCUUUUGCUAAUGAGUAUGUUGGUGAUAUUAUGAGAAAUUCUCAUGUGUGCAUUGUUUUGUAGAGAUGAAUUGUGGUUGUCAUUUGUGUAGUAGAGGUAGUUCACAGAGCUAUGUUCGCAUGUUGAGUAACUUUAGACAAUAAUAUUUGGCUUAUCGACAACCUGUUCGAUAGUUAACAUUUACACAGUAACAUUAUUUUGGUCUCUUAGUGGCUCAGUUCCAAGUCCAAACAGCUGAACUUUGAUACAGGGCUCAGACAAAAUGUAUAUCUAUUCCUGAACCCAUGUAGAGGCACCCUACUAACUAUCUGAUGACAGGGCAAUUUAACCUAUAAGUCAAUUCUCGAUUUUAAGUAUACCCAAGACGUACACAUGCUACAUUACCUUCAUUAGAAGAAUGUGAGCGGAUGAUUAAUGGUUGUUUUGAACACUUUGCACCACAGCCAGUGAAUGGCUGUCCCUAGAUUCCCUCCCCCUCUCUUCUUUACCAAUUGGCUUAUCCUCAAGGUUAGUCCUGCUCUUACUGCAGACAGUCCAGCCAGCAGCCAGGUCCAUUCCCAUUAUAGCUGCUUAAGAUUCAGGAAGCAUUCCCUGGCAGCUAAAUGAAAUCUCUCACAAAGUUUGCAGGACAUGUUCCCCUUAGUAACAGGCUUUUGAAUUAAAUAAAUAAAUAAGGGACAGACAGAGACACAAUUAUGAGAAAAGGUUCAAUAAAACAAAUGUCACACUCUGAAUAUGGAAAAGAAGGCUGUGUACUGUGCAUGAUUUACAUGGCAAUGUAUUAAAAUGAUCUUGAUUUAAUUAUAUUGGCAAAUGACCCCCAGUUCUACCACAAGGCAUGUUUUUUAUUAUAAGAAUCUUGAUCUUGAUUAUCAUGAUUGCUUUCUUCAGAAGUCUACUAUCUAUGUGUGAUAUAGUAUAUUGAGUGAUCCUGUCUCUCUGUAUGCCCAUCAGAUUUAUAGAGAACAAUGACAUCCAAGCCCUGUCAAAGCAUACCUUCAGAGGGCUUAAAUCCUUGACUCACCUGUGAGUACACCUUCUGACCUUUUCUCUGUAAAUAUCAAUGGAAGAAUACUAUUUAUGCAUUGCAUGGACAUGUUAUGACAUUAUACAUUUUCUUUCAAAUUAUUUUCUCCCGUCUCUUGUAGUUCUCUGUCAAAUAAUAACAUGCAGUUCCUUCCACGAGAACUCUUCAAAUAUCUUGAUAUUUUGACAGACUUGUAAGUACACAUCUUUUUGAAAGGGAACAUGGUAGCCUUAUCAUAGGUUUCAUCUUGUGAUAUGUUUUCGAAACGAGUAACUAUAAACGUUAUUACUGUACUAUUACCACGUUAUUACAACUUUAUUCAGCACUGUAAUUUAAAAUACGCUUCCACGAAUCCUUACAACAGACAGUUUUCUAAGAACUAUGUCAUUCUAUUGUUCUAUAUGUUACCCAGAGACCUGCGGGGUAACUCUUUACGCUGUGAUUGUAAAAUCAAGUGGCUUGUGGACUGGAUGGAGAAGACCAACACCUCUGUCCCUGCCAUCUACUGUGCCAGCCCAUUUGAGUUCCAAGGCCGCAGAAUCCAUGAUCUCACCCCACGAGACUUCAACUGUAUCAGCGCAGGUUUGCCCCCAAUCAUUUUGAAAUGAAUUAAUUUCACAGGACAGCAAGGCAAUUAAUUUAUAGAUUGAUAAUCCUCAUCUCUCUCUUCCCCUGUAGACUUUGCAGUUUAUGAGACUUUCCCUUUCCAGUCUGUGUCAGUGGAGUCCUAUGAAUUCAAUGACAAUCAGUUUGUGGCCUUCGCCCAGCCUGAUACAGGGUUCUGUACACUGUUUGUAUGGGAUCAUGUGGAAAUGGUCUUCCGGAGGUACCAUAAUAUAACAUGUAAGUUUCUUCUUUGACUUAUGCCUUUUAAAUAUAACAAAUCAUGCCACAAGACAACCAAUGCAUUCAACUGUUAUCACUUAAUUAUAGACCAAGAUAUUUUACAUUGUAUCUUUAAGUACACAGAGGAGACUGAAGUCAUCUAAACCUGCUACUUUCUGCAUAUUUGUUUCUCCUAGCUCGCUCCGCUGUCUACUGCAAGCCUGUGGUGAUAAACAACACUCUUUACAUGGUUGUGGCUCAACUUUUUGGAGGAUCCCACAUCUACAAGUGAGACUUAUUCCAAUUCUUUGUCAUAGGCAAAAUGUCAUUGAUUUGUUAAUUUUCAUAGCCAUUGGUGCUUUUCCAUUAAGACUUACCCCCACACCAGCGGGUCACUAGUGUUUUAUGUUAAUGUAGCUCUAGUGUAAUUGUGUUUCCAUCAGAGUAUGACACUUAAGACUUCCCACUGGGCACAGACGUCAAUUCAACGUCUAUUCCACGUUGGUUCAACGUAAUUUCAUUGAAAUUACGUGGAAACAGCAUUGAUUCAACCAGUGUGUGCCCAGUUGGUUGUGACGAGCACAAUCAACAACUUCUGCAUCAUUCAAGACUGUUGCUUUGUGAGAAGGUGUUAAAGUUCACAGUUAUCCAUUGAUAUGUAAGUGACAGCUGAAAUGUACCAGUGGCCUUGCUUUGGCCCCAAGUGAGAGCAGGUCCGCCGGAGCCAUGGCCCAGUGAGACACGGGUGCCGGCCUUCGUAGAUGGAAACAGAAAAGUCUGAACCUUUUGGGUAAAACACUGGGGUAAAUCCUCAUUGGAAAUGUGCCAAAACUGUGUUAAGAUUAGAUGUUUAUGAUGAUGAUUUAGGGAUGGCUGACCUGAUUGACACCUUCUUUUCAGGUGGGAAGAGGACCCACAGCGAUUUGUGAAGAUCCAGGACAUUGACACCACACGUGUGAGGAAACCAAACUUUGUUGAGACCUUCCAGCUGGAUGAUGAGUGGUACUUUGCAGUGGCAGACAGUUCCAAGGCAGGCUCUACAAGCAUAUACCGCUGGAACAGCAACGGUUUCUACUCUCACCAAUCCCUUCAUCCCUGGCAUCGUGACACCCAUGUGGAGUUCCUAGAUGUGGAGGGGAAGCAGCGUCUCAUUCUCUCCAGUGCCUCCCAGCCCCCAGUGGUUUACCAGUGGAACCGCAGCCUGCGCCAGUUUGCCUUUCAUUCCCAAAUCACUGAGACUUUCGACAUUCAGAUGGUCAAGCAUUUCUGGGUGCGCAACAUUCUCUACCUCUGCCUUACACGCUUCAUUGGUGACUCCAAGAUUCUCCGCUGGGAGGGGCAGCGCUAUGUUGAGAUUCAGACCCUGCCCUCACGUGGCUCCAUGGCUGUGUAUCCAUUCACUGUGGGCCCCCGCCAGUAUCUCCUCCUAGGGAGUGAUUUCUCUUUCUCUCGAGUUUACCUGUGGGAUGACCUCACCCAGCUCUUCCAGCCCUUCCAGGAGCUCAACAUGAGAGCACCCCGGGCCUUCAACUUGGUGUCUGUGGACAACAAAGACAUCCUGCUGGCAGCCAGCUUCAAAGGCAACACCCUAGCCUACCAGCACCUAAUAGUGGAUCUCAGUGCUAAAUAGACCAAUCCAGGCGAAUCUACAGUGUGAGACCAUUCAUUAGCUUGUGCUGUUCUUGUGGAGAAGCCAUCUAAGCCAU